AUCCGGCCUGAGGAGACGCCGCCUUCGCCUCCGCGGCGCUGCGCAAACAUGAAUGUUGGCGUUGCCCACAGCGAGGUGAAUCCGAAUACCCGUGUAAUGAACAGCCGUGGUAUGUGGCUGACAUAUGCAUUGGGAGUUGGCUUGCUUCACAUUGUUUUACUCAGUAUUCCCUUCUUCAGUGUUCCUGUUGCUUGGACUUUAACAAAUGUUAUACAUAAUCUGGGGAUGUAUGUAUUUUUGCAUGCAGUAAAAGGAACACCUUUUGAAACUCCCGACCAGGGUAAAGCAAGGCUCCUAACUCAUUGGGAACAACUGGACUAUGGAGUACAGUUUACAUCUUCACGGAAGUUUUUCACAAUUUCUCCAAUAAUUCUAUAUUUUCUGGCAAGUUUCUAUACGAAGUAUGAUACAACUCACUUCAUCCUAAACACAGCUUCUCUCCUGAGUGUGCUAAUUCCCAAAAUGCCACAGCUACAUGGUGUUCGGAUCUUUGGAAUUAAUAAGUAUUGAAAUGUUUUGAAAUGGAACAAAAAGUUUUACAGCUACUGAGUUUUCUGUAAGGAAGGAGUGGUUAGUAAACUGCAUAAUGUGAAAUGAGAGGUAGCUACAUUGGAAAGCCAGUUGCUAGUUCUUCCUAGGCUGUUUUGAAGUACAGAUUCUUAGAGGAAGAUGCCUCUGUUUAAUGCAUCUUGUAUCUUUCUGAAGAGAGGCUUUAUGGGCAGGCUGGGCAGGCCCAGCUUAUAAGUUAAAUGGCUGUAAAGUAAGGGUGUAGUCAAUAAAUCCAAGGAAAUAGCGAUUUAUAAGAAACUAAGUCUGGCUUAGCUUAUAAUGAAUGGGCAUUAUGUUCAGAGAAGAAAAUUUUCAAUCAUUCAGUCAUGGUCAGUUAAGCCGACUUACAUGUAAACCAGAAUCAUCUCUUUACAAGUUUAUUAUAAAUUGUUUUUACUACCAUACGUAUUCCUCUUGUGUUAUAUAAGAGGAUAUAUAUCCUUUGUGUUAAACAAACCAGUUCCUACCUUAUGAACUUUUUUGCUUUUGCAGGCUCAACAUUGUUUGAUAAAUGAGUUUAUUUUUACAUUUAUUACUGAGUUCAUGAAAGUCCACUUUCAUGACUGAUUGAUGAUAGAAGAUAGUCAGGCAUCUUAGAAGCAGCCUCUGAGCUGGCCUUCUAAUUUUGGAACAGAGUGGGUUUUGCUGCCUUUCCAGAUACAAGGCUGCUAAACCAAUUAAGAAAAUAAUUUAUUUUU